AUGCAAUUUUAAUUUCCCUUAUAAAAAGCUCUUUAAACAAAUUAGAAUGGAAUUAGUGUAAUAAGUGCCUAAAAUAGUAGAAGAAAUUGUUAUCUAGAUGAAGUAAUAGAUAAAAUGGGUGAAGCUUCAGCAAUUGUAAAAAAUGAUAUAGAUAUAUUUUUAGGCUUAAUAAUUAAAGUAGAUUAUCACUACUGCAAAUAAAUUUUAUGGAAGUGACUAAAGAAUUUAUAUGAAAGCAGAUGGCAAAGUAUAUGAAUUCAGUAACAUCGUAGAAUUGUUAGGGUUUAUUAAAAGUGGGCAAAAAGAAUCUAUUUUAUAGAGAUUAUUGUGGAUCAAUAAAAGAAUUGUAACCACUUUGUGUAUUAGAUUUUUAUGUUCAUGAAAGUGUCUAAAGGAUGGGAGUUGGUAAAGAAUUAUUUGAGGAAAUGUUAAAAAAUGAGUAGAUCAAACCAGAAAAAUUAGCAUACGAUAGACCUAGUCAAAAACUUAUGGGUUUUCUUAAUAAACAUUAUCAUUUAAAUUAAUAUGUUCCUCAGAAUAACAAUUUUGUUAUUUUCAAUUAAUAUUUUGGUUAAGGAAAUCAAUCAAAUGUACAAGGAAAGAGUUAAAAAUAUUCAAGAAAUUCCUAAAUUGAUCAAUUAGAUAUUAUGAUGCAAUAGAUCACUAAAAACAAGAUGAAUUAAUAAUAAUUACCAUAAUAAAAAUUAGGUUAUUAAAUGAAUCCUCCUUGGGCAAUCGAUAACAAUACUAAUAUUUAUAAUAAUAAUAUAAAUUCACAACGAACUAAUGUUUAUAAAAUUAAUUGA